AUGGACAUUGACGACAUCCUCCGCGAGGUCGACCCCGUGUCGCACUCCAUCCCCUUCGAGACACGCGACUUACAGGCCUUGACGCGUGCAUGGGUGGCGGAGCGCUCCGCGCCGGAGCUUCUAGAAUGGCCCGCCGACGGCCUCUUUGAGCGCGUCAACGACCGCAUCAAGCGCCAGAUCGAAAAGGUCGAGGACAUGACGGGCGACAUGGACCCCAAGACCAACUUCGCCCUCAUUGUCAUCCAGACCGAGCUCGAGCGCUUCAAGUUCCUCGUCAGGAGCUACCUCCGUGCCCGCAUAGCAAAGAUUGACAAACACGCUCUCCACUACCUCUCCUCGCCCGCCCUCCGCGCCCGCCUCUCCGAAACCGAGCUCGCCUACGCAACCCGCCACCAGGCCCUGCUGCACAACCACUACCUCUCCUCCUUCCUCUCCUCCUUCCCCGCGCAGCUCCAGAACCUCAACGACACAGCCGGCAACAUCAGCAUGAUCGACGGCCCGGACCUCGACACCGCCGUCUUCAUCCGCCUGCUGCGCGACGUCGACGUCGAGGGCAAGGGAACGGACUCGGACGGCUCCGUGCAGGGACGGGCAGGGGAUAUCCUGAUUCUGCGGUGGUCCAGCGCCAAACCGGUCGUUGACGCGGGCCACGCCGAGCUAGUUUGA